UGCGCGGGAAGGACGUGCUGGCCCUUUGGUGCGACGCCCACGGCACGGCAGCGACGGCACGUGGCGGUCAUGGAGAAUCGGUGGAAAGUGGCGGGCGCGGCGAUGGUUGUGGCGGCGGUGCUGGCGGUGGGGGCAGCAGCGCAGCACCAGCUCUCCAACACCUCCCUCGCCAUCAGCGUGCCUCUGCAGGAGCUCGUCGCAGCGGCUUCCUCGAAUCGCUUCAGCUCUCUGGCCCAGGUCUCUCAGGGCGCCAGUAGUGCCGAGGGAGUCCAGGAGGUAGCUUUGGACUCCGCGUCAAAUGAAGCAUUUCGCCUCACACCUAUCAAGCUCUCUCAGACAGGCCCUGUUGACUUCACUGACGGGGCCUCGGAGGUCCCUGGCACGCUCAACCUGGACGCCGAUGAUCCGUUUUUUAUUGUGGAUGGCACGUCUGGCAGCAGGUCGCCCGGGGGUGAUGCUGCCACACUUAGUGAGGCUAACACUACUGAGGAGCCUUCCUUGGCUACAGUGAUCCCACUUGACGUAGCAGACCUUCAAGCCCAACACCAAACAUCAAGUACAGCUGAUGAUUUGAGUCAGAAUACCUCACUGCCCGACGACGUGAACACUAUUGAAGACUCCGGGGAGCCAGGGAACAGGGACGCCAAGACUAGUGAAGGUGUCCUAACGGUCAGUGGGAACGAGCCCGUCCUGCCACCUCUCACCGAGGACUUCGUAGCGCAAGCUGAGCAGUUCUUUGACGGUGCGUCAGGCAACGUGAUUCCGAAAUCCUCAAUCGUAAACACACCUUCCCUUGAGGACGAGUUAGAGGGUCCAGCAGACUUUUCUCAGGCGGACGAUCCCAUACCAACCGAGACUGUUGAUACGGAAUUAUCCACAGGCGUCAUCAAUGAAGACGCACUAAUAACUGAACCCUCUCCUACAGUCUUCCAGGUUGGCUUUGAAACACCAAUAGAAGACGCAGAACCUGGGUCAGUUACUGAUCCCGUAUUUGCCGAGGUAUCUCCAGCUAACCUGUCACCUGCUCCAAAGCCCGUCAGAAUAUCUUUAGACGACUCAGCACUUGUUCCCAUUCCUGAAAAAAUCAUUCUAGAGGGAUCAGUUCCCGAUCACCUUAAUAACGAAGUGCCGGAAGAGAUAGCACCUAAAAAGGAAGGGAACCGCAAGCCAUGCGUGCCCCUGAGACAGUACUCGAGACAAGCAAUGUGGAUUCCGGGCUGCAGGAAAUUGUUGACACAAUAGA